AAAUGAAUUUUUAAUAAAAGAACUGAAUUAAAUUUCUUCUCCUGGGUGAAUCAGAUGGAGAUCCAGAGAGAAUCCACACCGACGCCUGAGGACGACGACAUGGAGAUCAUCACCAUCUACAUUAACAGAGAAUUCAUGAAGCAGGUCCAGGACUCGCCGGGGAGCGCCAACGUCCGUCUGUCCGAUAGUGUGGACGAGAAGGUUGGGGUCACUAAGUCCACCAUCAGCGUCAUGUCAGAGGAGCUUAAUGUGGCCUCCUCCCUGCUGACCGACUCCGUCCUGGAUGAGGACGAGGUGACCAACGUCCCCCAAAUUAAGGACGAGAAGGUUGGGGACGCUGAGUCCACCAUCAGCAUCAUGUCAAAGGAGCUUAAUGUGGCCUCCUGUCAGCUGACCGACUCCGUCCUGGAUAAGAUCAAGGUGACCAACGUCCCCCAAAAUAAGGACGAGAAGGUCGGGGGUGCUGAGUCCACCAUCAGCAUCAUGUCAAAGGAGCUUAAUGUGGCCUCCUGUCAGCGGACCAACUCUGUCCUGGACGAGAUCAAGGACACUUUUGGUCAAAAGGAGAAGAGUGAGAAAUCCACCAUGACUGACCCGAUACCAGAAAUCGAUCCAACCUGCAGGAAGAUCCUGGUUCAGCCGGUAAAGAAGCUGCCCGCUGAAGCUCCAGCUAAAGAAGCAAUCUGCACUGCAGAAAAGAUGAAGAAGAAGAAGAAGAAGGACCAGAUCCUGGGAUUCUUCAGAAGAUCCUGGCAGACCACGAAGAGGAUCUUCAACAAGAGAUCAAACAUGGAGAUCGUUACCAAGCAGGUCCAGGACUCACUGGGGAGCACCUACGUCCACCUGCCCAAUAGUGUGGAAGAGAAGGUUGGGGUCACUAAGUCCACCAUCAGCGUCAUGUCAGAGGAGCUUAAUGUGGCCUCCUCCCCGCUGACCGACUCUGUCCUGGAUGAGGAUGAGGUGACCAACGUCCCCCAAAAUAAGGACGAGAAGGUUGGGGGCGCUGAGUCCACCAUCAGCAUCAUGUCAGAAGAGCUUAAUGUGGCCUCCUGUCAGCUGACCGACUCCGUCCUGGAUAAGAUCGAGGUGACCAACGUCCCUCAAAAUAAGGACCAGAAGGUCAGGGGCCCUGAGUCCACCAUCAGCAUCAUGUCAAAGGAGCUUAAUGUGGCCUCCUGUCAGCAGACCAACUCUGUCCUGGACGAGAUCAAGGAUACUUUUGGUCAAAAGGAGAAGAGUGAGAAAUCCACCAUGACUGACCCGAUACCAGAAAUCGAUCCAACCUGCAGGAAGAUCCUGGUUCAGCCGGUAAAGAAGCUGCCCGCUGAAGCUCCAGCUAAAGAAGCAAUCUGCACCGCAGAAAAGAUGAAGAAAAAGAAGAAGAAGAAGAAGGACCAGAUCCUGGGAUUCUUCAGAAGAUCCUGGCAGACCAUGAAGAGGAUCUGCAACAAGAGAUCAAACAAAGUUUCCCCCCUCUAAUUUCCCCACAAUCCCCCAAAUGAUAUUCCCUCCUCAGCUAUAUAGCACAUUCUCAGACAAUUCUCCAUGUAAGAUCAUUUUGGUGAGGAGCAGAAGAUUCAGAACUUAAACCAGCUUUUUCACCUUCAGGACUUCAGCUUUUAUCGACGUGAAAAUGCCGUUCCCUUUACCAUCCGCCUGGCACUGCUGCGUUCUGCCCCAUGUUGGUCCCUCCAGACCUGGACCGGUCCAUCUUGUUCCCUCUUGCUCCCUCUUGCUUCUUGGCUGAGAGCUUCGUGGUUGAGAGCUCCGGUGUACCGGAAUGUUCUCCGGUGCUCUUAGGGUCGGGGUUGUCUUAAACUUCUCUGUGCAGGAUACGAUCGCUGUUCCACAGACUUGGUUCCAUCUUGGUACCAGAAGUCCUCAUGAUACCAGAGUCUGUGGUUCCUGGUAGAGAUGGGAGGAUCGAUCGGCUAUGUAUCGAAAUCGGCCGAUUUUUUAUCAAAAUAUGCGAUCGGCCGAUAUUUCCUAAAUUCAGCAGAUCCGAUCGUGUGAUAUACAAACAUCAUCUCCAUGUUAAGCUUAACAGCUCAGUGGAUUGAUCCAGACAUUGAGCUACAAAGCUCCAACCAUCGUAUCACCAUUCAACAAACAUCGCACUUUACAACCUAAAAUAACAUAAUUAACGUUGUGCAUCAUACAUACGAUGGAAUUUUGCCGAUUGAAAUAUUUACUUUAAAAAGAUAAUUCAACCCGACCCCAUCUAAGUCAAUUCUAUGAGCACAUUAUAUGAACUCGUGGUUCACUUUGGUAAAUCGUAAGCGGUUCUUGCUUUUGAUGUAGAUGAGAGCAGAAAACGUUACAGAGCCAAUCGGAGGCAAAAGUUUAUUAGUUACUAAGUUGGUUAGUUCAGGAUCAUUUGCAGUGACUGACAGAAAACUUUUAGCUCCACAGACAGAACGACUCUGACUCGGUUACCGCUCUGUGGUAAUAGCGGUUUAAUGAAGCUUUUUAAUGUAAGAGAGUCACACAGAAUGUUCUGUAGUAGCUGGUGUUUAUUUAAAACCACGACAUUAAUUAAUUAAUUAAUUAACACGGAGAGAUAACUGAGAAGAGAAACGCUUCGCAUAAAAUGAAUCGACUCGUGAAUCACUUAUAUCAAUACUGCGAACAGAUCGUCUCUCUUAAAGACACACACACACACACACACACGUGGCAGCAUUUGGCACCGGUUUAUCUUCACUGUUUCCCUAUUUCAAGUUUUUUUCAGACUGAACUGGAUAACAUUAAACCUGCGUGUGUGGUCAGUUAGACUAAUGAAAUAUGUCUCCUGUGGGUGAAAAAAUAAAUUGCUUUAGUUUAAAAAGUAAACCCCCCGUCAACCCCCCCCCCAAUCCGAAUCGGCUAUCGGCCUAUCACCCUCAAAGAAGAUUAGAGAUCGAAAUCGGUGCCAAAAACCCUGAUCGGUACAUCUCUAGUUCCGGGUGCUUCUGAGAACUGUUGGUUGCUCGUGGUGGUGGUGUUGGAUUUCAGAAGGAAUUCUGGGACUUUGUGAGCUGAGCUUGAUCAUCUUAGAUGUUGGGCUCCCCCAGUACCAGGAUUCUGGCUUCAACACCUCAAGUGUUGGAUUUCUGAAGGAAUUCUGGGACUUUGUGAGCUGAGCUUCAUCUUCUUAGAUGUUGGGCUCCUCCAGUACCAGGAUUCUGGCUUCAACACCUCAAGUGUGGGAUUUCUGAAGGAAUUCUGGGACUUUGUAAGCUGAGCUUCAUCUUCUUAGAUGUUGGGCUCCUCCAGUACCAGGAUUCUGGCUUAAACACCUCAAGUGUUGGAUUUCUGAAGGAAUUCUGGGACUUUGUGAGCUGAGCUUGAUCAUCUUAGAUGUUGGGCUCCUCCAGUACCAGGAUUCUGGCUUCAACACCUCAAG